GACAGCUAGCGCGGGAAUGGCGCCCUGGACAUGAGAUGUAAAAACUCUACACUGUGACAUACAGACAGAUUAAUCUGGUGGUGAUAGGUUUAAUAAGCAUUGUGUGAACUCGUUUGGCAAGGGCUUGAAUGUAAUGAGCGUUCAUUUAAAGUUCCGCACUGUGGGUUUAAGUUUUUGCAAGUUAUCAUUACAAAAAUACAGCUAAACAAAGUGUCACUUAACACUGUUUGUCAUACUGUGGUCACAGAUCAGGACUGAUCACCAAUCAUGAAGAUCAGAGGUCAUAGAGAAACGGUGGUCAGCUUUUGCUGUCCGAAGUUUGCUGCCAUCUUCCUUUUCCUGGCUGUGUUUGUCUUCAUCUUUUUGCUUUUUAACAUGGACGUCCUGGAGUUUCAGCAUAAGGUGAUCACCACCUUCCCUGCUCCAAGACCUCACCUGCAACGCCACUUCUGCAGCUUCCAGCCGCGGUCCCCUGAAGAUGCUCUGGAGGAACGCCUCCUAUUAGACUCCAUUGCUUGGCCUGAAACUCCAUCCUUGCCAGUUCCUCUUUCCCUGGAGCAGACCACUGAUCCUGCCCACAGCACCUUUACUAUUCUCCCUGAGAAGGGUGGACGACAGUGGCAUGUAGGGGAUCAGCUGGAAGUUCUGAUCAAAACGUAUGACUUCAAGGGCCGUCCGAAGAAGUCUGGGGGAGAUGUCUUACUUGCCCGUCUGCACAACCGAGCACUUGGUGCAGGUGUGGCUGGGAAAGUGCUGGAUCAUCUCAAUGGCUCCUACUCUGCUGUAUUUUCUUUACUCUGGGAGGGAAGCGCACAGGUUGAGGUGACACUGGUUCACCCCAGUGAGGCUGUCACAGUGUUGCACAGGCUGACCAGAGAACAGCCAGAUAGGAUUUAUUUCGGGAGUGUCUUUCGCUCAGGCUCAGUCUCUGAAACUACCACCUGCAAUGUCUGCCUGCGUCCGACCCAGCAGCCACUGUGCAACUACACUGACCUCAUUACAGGUGAGCCGUGGUUCUGCUACAAGCCAAAGAAGCUGAGCUGUGACGCCAGGAUCACCAACUACAAUGGUGGGUUUCAUAAACAGCUCAAGGCUCAGGAGGAGAAGCUCUUUCGAAGUGGUGUCAACAUGAAAGUCUACAUUCGAGCUUCAGGAUCUGCUAGUGUCACCGUGUUGCCAAAAAAUAAAGAUCAACCAGAGGUGAAGAGCAGCAUUGUGCAUUCUGGACCUGUUGGCUAUUACUACCAGGGUGCAUGGCAAGCAUUAAGUGGCACCAAAGUCCACCAUUUCAACACAUCGUCUGCCAUCAGUCAGUGUCUGAAAGGCAAGGUCGUCCACCUGUAUGGAGACUCUACCAUCAGGCAGUGGUUUGAACAUCUCAAUGCAGUACUGCCAGAUCUCAAGCAGUUUAAUCUGCACAGUUCAGUUCGAGUUGGACCUUUCAUGGCUUUAGACUACGCAAACAACAUUUUGGUGAAUUUCCGAUUCCACGGUCCCCCUGUCCGUUCUAUUAGUGUCCCAGCCAUCGAGCUGCACUACAUUGCCAAUGAACUAGACCAUUUAGUUGGAGGCACCAACACCAUUGUAGUUUUUGGCAUCUGGGCACACUUCAGCACUUUCCCCAUCGAGCUCUACAUCCAGCGGCUGCAGAGCAUCCGCAGGGCGGUAGUGCGGCUGCUGGACAGGGCUCCAGGCACAUUGGUUUUAAUCCGGACUGCAAACCCCAAAACUAUGACGCUUGAUGCAGCACUGACCAAUAGCGACUGGUACUCGCUGCAGCGUGACAAGGUGCUCAGAGCCAUGUUCAAAGGACUGAAUGUUCAUCUGCUGGACGUCUGGGAGAUGGUCUUGGCCCACCACCUGCCACACAACCUCCAUCCACAACCUCCCAUUAUUAAGAAUAUCAUUGAUGUUGUUUUGUCCUACAUCUGCCCUCAAAAGGGCAGCUAGAUGUGUAUUUGUUGGGGGAAAGGAAUGUGAAUUCACAUA